UGUUCUUAUUAGAUCUGCUGUCCAGUGAGUGCAUCAAUGGAAUCAUUAAACGUCAUUGCUUGAUCGCAUAUUUGAUAGUAUUUUCACCGAACUUUGUUACAUUAUUGAAUUAUCAAUUUUAUUUAUCGAAGAUUAAAUAAGAUGGAACCGAUAAAUGUUGUUGUAACUGGGGCUGCUGGCCAAAUCGCUUAUUCUUUACUGUAUCACAUUGCAUCGGGAUCAGUUUUUGGUCCACAACAACCAAUUAAACUUAAAUUAUUAGAUAUACCACCCAUGAUGAAAGUUUUAGAUGGAGUAAUUAUGGAACUCGAGGAUUUAGCACUUCCUCUUCUUAGAGAAAUUAUACCAACAACCGAUCCAGUUGUAGCUUUUAAUGAUGUAGCAGCUGCCUUCUUAGUUGGCUCUAUGCCACGAAAAGAAGGAAUGGAACGCAAAGAUCUUUUAGCUGCCAAUGUUGCGAUUUUCAAGGUACAAGGGGAAGCACUAAAUAAAUAUGCAAGACGAGAUGUAAAAGUCUUGGUUGUUGGAAAUCCGGCUAAUACAAAUGCUCUUAUAUGCGCACAUUAUGCACCAUCUAUUCCAAAAGAAAAUUUCUCAGCAAUGACAAGAUUAGAUCAAAAUCGAGCUCAAGCUGCUUUGGCAAAUCGACUAGGUGUUCAGGUUGAUAAAGUAAAAAAUGUUAUUAUUUGGGGCAAUCACAGUUCAACUCAAUAUCCUGAUGCAACGCAUGCUACUGUGACCAUUGACAAUUCUUCUAAAAGUGUACCAUCUGUAAUAAAUGAUAAUGAUUGGUUAGAUAAUACUUUUGUAGAAAUGAUUCAAAAACGCGGAGCUGCUGUGAUUGCAGCCAGAAAAAUGUCUUCUGCCAUGUCAGCAGCUAAAGCUGCGGCAGAUCAUAUGAGAGAUUGGUGGGUGGGAACCAAACCAGGUCACUGGGUGAGCAUGGGUGUUAUGUCAGAUGGAAGCUAUGGUAUAGCAAAGGACAUUGUAUUCUCUUUUCCUGUUACCAUAGAAAAUAAACAAUACAAGAUUGUUCAAGGACUUUCAAUUAGCGAGUUUGCUCAACGUAAACUAAACAUCACAGCUCAGGAAUUAGAGGAGGAGCGUAAAGAAGCAGAUCACGUCCUUCAAAAUUGACUAGAAUCUGGAAAAGAUUCUAUUUUGGAAAAAGAACUAUCUGUACCAGCCAAGUUAUAAAAAAUAUCUAAUCUGUUGUAUAUAGAUCAUAUUUAAGGAGAUAUGGGAAUAAUCAUGUCUCUUUAAGAAUAGUAACUUACUAUUGCGGGAAUCAAUAUUAUAAAUAUCAGUAGUAAAUUUGAAUAAUAGUUCAAAUUCGACUUGAUAUUAAUUUGAAAUGUUACUUUACAUUUAUAAAUAAACUUUUUCUAUGUAAUACAAAUCAUCAGAAUUAAUUAGAAAUAAUAAAAUUAGGAUAUUAAAAAAUAUAA